GCUGACAGCUCGCGCAUGCGCCGUGCCCCUCAUUGUGCCCGGCCGGCCCGGCCCCAGCGCGCCUCAGUCGGCGAGCGGCCGUCGGCGCGUGUGGAGCUGCUGCCCCCUGCGGCCGGCGCCGCGCCACCUCCGCUCCCCCCCCCUCCUCCUCCUCCCCGCCCGCCAUGGAAAGGCCCCCGCCGGCCGGACGGGUGGCUCCGCCGCCGCUCCUCGAUGGCUCUGGUCACGGUGCAGCGCUCGCCUACCCCCAGCGCCACCUCCAGCCCCUGCGCCUCGGAGGCAGACAGUGGGGAAGAAGAAUGCCGGUCCCAGCCCAGGAGCAUCAGCGAGAGCUUCCUCACCGUGAAAGGAGCAGCACUCUUCCUGCCACGAGGGAAUGGCUCAUCCACCCCCAGGGUCAGCCACCGGCGCAACAAGCACGCAGGGGAUCUCCAGCAGCACCUGCAGGCCAUGUUCAUACUGCUCCGCCCAGAAGACAACAUCAGACUGGCUGUAAGACUGGAAAGCACAUACCAGAACCGCACUAGAUACAUGGUGGUUGUAUCUACCAAUGGCAGACAGGACACGGAGGAGAGCAUCGUGCUGGGGAUGGAUUUCUCUUCUAAUGACAGUAGCACUUGUACAAUGGGUUUGGUGCUGCCACUGUGGAGUGACACCUUGAUCCACCUGGAUGGCGAUGGCGGGUUCAGUGUAUCCACGGAUAACAGGGUGCACAUAUUCAAGCCGGUGUCCGUGCAGGCGAUGUGGUCUGCUCUGCAGAGUUUACAUAAGGCGUGUGAGGUGGCACGAAGCAACAAUUACUACCCAGGGAGCCUCUUCCUCACGUGGGUCAGUUACUAUGAGAGCCACAUCAACUCUGACCAGUCCUCGGUCAAUGAGUGGAAUGCUAUGCAAGAUGUGCAGUCCCACCGGCCCGACUCGCCCGCCCUCUUCACAGACGUCCCAACGGAGCGGGAGCGCACAGAACGACUCAUUAAGACCAAGCUGAGAGAGAUCAUGAUGCAGAAAGAUCUGGAGAACAUCACAUCAAAAGAGAUACGCACGGAGCUGGAGAUGCAGAUGGUGUGCAACCUGCGGGAGUUCAAAGAGUUCAUUGACAAUGAAAUGAUAGUGAUCCUGGGGCAGAUGGACAGCCCCACUCAGAUAUUUGAUCAUGUCUUUUUGGGCUCUGAAUGGAACGCCUCCAAUCUGGAAGAUUUGCAGAACAGAGGGGUGCGCUAUAUCUUGAAUGUGACUCGAGAAAUAGAUAACUUCUUCCCUGGCCUUUUUGAGUACCAUAAUAUUCGGGUGUAUGAUGAAGAAGCAACAGAUCUUCUGGCUUACUGGAAUGAUACCUACAAAUUCAUCUCCAAGGCAAAGAAAAAUGGCUCCAAGUGCCUGGUGCACUGCAAGAUGGGGGUGAGCCGCUCAGCCUCCACAGUCAUCGCCUACGCCAUGAAGGAGUACGGCUGGAACCUGGACAGGGCCUACGACUACGUGAAGGAGCGGCGCACGGUCACCAAGCCCAACCCCAGCUUUAUGAGGCAGCUGGAGGAAUACCAGGGGAUCCUGCUGGCAAGCAAGCAGCGGCACAACAAGCUGUGGCGUUCACACUCUGACAGCGACCUCUCUGACCACCAUGAGCCCAUCUGCAAAUCAGGGCUGGAACUGAACAAGAAGGAGAUCACUACCUCUGCCGACCAGAUCUCCGAGGCCAAGAGCAACGACAACCAGCAGCCCAUGUCUCCCAUCUACCCUGCUGAGCUGGACCGGGAGCAGCUCGCAGAGGAUGCAAAUGUAAUUGAGGAGAGCUGUGUGAAAGAGAGGAGGAUUCACCUGGAGUUCACGUGUAGAGAUUUCCAUGUGGAGCAGGUGGAGGACAAGCUGAACCUGAACAACAUCAAUGGCUGUACGGCAGGGUGCUGCGUGGAUUCUGUCCCCCCUGAUAACUGCCAUGCUUCUGAGGCCUUAAUGCAACUCCAGCACCCCUUGGAAAUAACAGAAUUUCCUGAUUUGACUGUAGACGAUCUGGAAAAAGAUGCCCUUAAGCCUGAUAUGAACGUGCACUUGGUUCCCAUGGAGGAAUUCACUUUGUGCUUAAAAGACUCUUUCCAGUCCCCAAACCAAAACGCGCCGAGCCCUCAGCAGAACGCCCAGCCUGAAGGGGCAGACCUCAGUGCAGACAGGAUUGACUUCUUCAGUGCUUUGGAGAAAUUUGUGGAGCUCUCUCAGGAGAGCAGGUCACGCAGCUGCUCCCACUCCAGGCCGGAGGAGCAAGGUGCUGGGAGGAAUGGGGCGGCCAGGCUGCCUGUGCUGGAGGUGCUGCCUGCUGCAGACGUGGGUGCAGACGCCCAAAGGAACAGCUCUGGAAACUCCCCUCAGGCAUCAGAUGACUCUUCCACAGAUGAAGAGCAACAAAAGGAGGUCCCUGAGCUGCCUGGCACCGGCCAUCUCACACGGUCCCACUCAGAAAAUGCCAUUUCAGUGAAGGAAAUCAUCACAGAGAUCGAGUCCAUCAAGCAGGGAGCGGGGCCUGCUCAGCAGAAGGAGGGCUCAGCCAACCUCACCCUGACACCAAAGAGGAACACUGUGCACGACCUGCCUGUGGAGGCGAUUUGGGCAUCGGAAAGGGUGGAUCAGAGCGAAGGACACCAGGAAAAGGAGAAAGACCCUCUGCAAGCUAAGCAAGAAACUGCUCCCUCACCACAGCUCUCCUCCUGUAAGUCAGAGCUGGAGGAGGGCGAGCAGCUCAGCGUCCUCCCUGAGCCCAAGUGGUGCCCCGGCUCCGUCCGCAGAGCCACGUUGGAGUUUGAGGAGCGCUUGAGGCAGGAGCAAGAGCACCAGCACGUGUCCCCAGUCUGCGUCCUGCUGACCCGCAAGAACUCCAGGAACGACUCUCCUGCUGCUGAGCUGCUGCCGCAGGGGAGGACAGAGGAGCUGCCCCUGGAGUUGGCUCCGGAGGGUGGUGCGGUGCAGGGCUCCGAGGAGCUGCUGUCACUGGGUGCAGAGCAGCCUGCAGGCAGGCAGCUGCCCACACUCCUUGCACACCCCACAGAGCCCAGCCCAGGGCAGGAGGAGCACAGGGUGGUGGUCUCGUUUGAUGGCACAGAGGAGCCGGCCCUGCCUUCUCUCCUUCCCAAAAGAAUCGAAAUCAUCGAGUUCACUCCUAUGGUCAGGGCUGCCGAGAGCCCCGCUGCAGGCAAUGAGCAGCCCGCAGCUCUCCCUCUGCUGGAUGAAAACUUGAACCCUUCCCUGUGCUCCGAGAAGGCAGCGGCCUCUCUCAGAGCUCUGGUACACCCGCCACUGCCAGAGCACUUGGUGCAGCAGCAGCAGGCUACUUGCACCCUGCUCAGCCCCAGCGAGGAAGGCACUGCCUUGUCCUUUCCCCUCGGUGCUGCUUCCCCCUCUGCCCAGCCCUCCUGCACGCCCUCAGCCAGCCCCGACCGCUCUGUGUUGCCCUGUGUGAUGCACCUGGAAGGUGUCACCGAGCAGAGCACGAGCACGGACCAUGAGCCGACCACGCUGUGCGGCGCUGCGGGAGCCGUGAGUCUCCCGUUCAGGGACAGCAGCCAGGCUCCAUGCCAGGGUGGUGCUGGCUCCUCAACCAGCCUGCACGCCGCAAACGUGGACCUUUUGGACAUCUCCUUCCUGUGCUGCAGCCUGCCCCACAGCUCCAGCAGUCACAGCGUGGGGGAGCGCAGCAGCAGCCCAGGGCUGGUCAAACAGCGAGCGAAGGAAAUAGAGGCACGCAUCCGGCACGCAGGGCUCACCACCCCCUCCCAGAUGAAGCGCUCGGCAUCCUUGGCCAAACUGGACUGCCUGGAGCUCUCCAAGGACGACUUGUCUGAGAGGGAGGCGGCCUCCCGCUGUGUCAGCCCCGUCCUCCUCACCUGCAUGGCCCUGGGUGCAGGCUUUCACGGGGCCAGGUCGGAGCAGAGCUUGGAGAGCCCGUGUGCGAAAUGCCACCCGUUCUCCUCACCCGCCCUCCAGGAUCCCCAACCCGCUCAGCAUUUUGUAGAGCAGCUCAGAACAGCCGAGUGCAUUGCGCAGAGCAGGCCGGUGGAACGCCCGCUGGCUCAGUACGCCAAAGAGUGCGGCUCCAACCAGCACGGCUCGGCUCCCAGCUCCGCUCCCACAUGGACUGCCCCCCAGGAGGGAGCCUCUGUGUUGGCAGCACCCCGACAGCAGCACGGUAGAACUCACCCGUUGAGGAGACUCAAAAAGAGCAAUGACAGAAAGCGGACAACCAAUCCCCUCUAUAACACCAUGUGAUGGUGAGCGCCGUGCUCACACAAGGGGCAGGUGUAAUAUAAGGAACAUGCACUUUAUUGGUUAAUUUUAUAUAUAUAUAUAUUGUCAUCUUACCGUUCCUGGCGCAUGUAGGUGUGGGUUGGUUCUUCUGUGUGUGACUCUGCAGGACUGUUGGUUGGUUUUUGUUUUUUAUGGGUUGUGUUUUGUUUUUUUUUUUUAAUGAACUCGGAUAACCUCAGAUGUUCUUUUUGUUGUUGGUUUGUUUUAAAAGAACACCUCUCCCUGUUGGAAACGGAUGCUGGCUCACUGCAGCGGGGCAGAGGUUUGCUCGAAACCAGCUCCUAGAUCCUCACUUGAAUCAGCCCCGUGCCUCAAAAUGGUGCUGGGCAUUGGGGCGAGAGCCCAUGCAACUGUGAAGGCUGUGCCAAGUCCCCUUUGUUCACUUUGUGCUGCAGGCUGGAGCUGGGUGGUGCUGGCAGGUCCUUUACAGAGCUCCGUUCUGCCUGUGUGCCCCAACAGGAGCACAGGGCUGGGCUCGGGGACCCUCAGCUCUGCCCCCACCUCCUCCCCUAACUGAGGGCCCACAACCUGGAGUGUUCUUCUAAAACAAACACCUCAGCAGGGCAUGAGCCCUCCCGUUACUUGAAUUCUGCUGUGGGCCUUCCACGUUCAUGGCCAUAUCGUGUCCUCUGCCCUCUGCUGCCUCCCUGCACCCCAGAGCUGCCCCACAUCCCCUCUGCAUCCCAGAGGCCGCUGUAGUUGUUACACGUUUUGUUCUCACACUGAAUGCAAAAGCUUUGUCCUCUGCUGCCACUCCUGUUGUAUUCAGCCUGGAGGGAGGAUCUUUCCUGGAAGUUUCUGUUUUUUGCUAAAUUGUAUAUAUGAUAUUUAUAUAGAUUUUUUUUUUUUGUUU